UCCGCAACUCGCACCUCUCAAGCCCUCUCGUCGCUCAGCCUCCACCUCUUCCACCAACCAACCUCACCGAUUACUACAAUGUCUGGCAAGACGAGCGGCAAGUCCAAGUCCGGCAAGGCUUCCGGCGAGCCCACUGGCAAGACCCAGUCGCGCUCUGCGAAGGCCGGUCUCCAGUUCCCGGUCGGUCGUGUGCACCGUCUUCUCAAGCGGGGAAACUACGCGCAGCGAGUAGGAGCUGGCGCGCCUGUAUACCUCGCCGCCGUCCUUGAGUACCUUGCAGCUGAGAUUCUCGAGCUUGCGGGUAACGCGGCUCGUGACAACAAGAAGCAACGUAUAAUCCCUCGACACCUUCAACUCGCCAUCCGGAACGACGAGGAACUGCACAAACUUCUCGGUGACGUGAUCAUCUCGCAAGGUGGUGUCGUACCACACAUCAACCCUGAGCUCUUGCCUACGAAGACAACAAAAGGCAAGAAGGACAGCCAGGAGGUUUAGACGUCUCUCAGGGUCCCAUUGUUGUAUCAUUCUCUGUACUGUACUGUACUGCAUCCUAUCUUAUUUUUUCUAUUUGCCUGAUACAUGGACGUCCGCGUGUUGAGUAGGCGUAACGAGGUUGACUCGCCAAGUUCAGCUAUCAGACGUUGCGAUGUUUUGACUUACAUGAACGUGGAACUGGGUAUCCAAGC